CUGACUCAGCUCUCUCUCUAAAACAUAGCUGUUAAUAUUUGAGUCAUCAAAAAACAUAACAUUUUUGUUUCCAAAAAACACAAACAAAGCCCAUAAAUAAAAAUAAAUAAUAAAUAUAAGAGAAACAGGGCCUACAGUAAUCUUCACACCACGUUUCUCUACCGCUUAUCUCGAAAUCCUUAUCCACCGCUUCUGAAAUUACUUUGUCUUCUUCUUCUUCUUCUUAGCUUUCUGCAAAAAUCACAUAUCUAAAAAUCUUAUCUUUCAUUCCUCAAUUUCAUCAAAGUUUCUCUCUUUUCUUUUCAUUUAUUAUUUAUUAUUUAUAUACAGCUUGGUUUUGGUUCUCUUUCUCUCUCUUUAAUCAAACCCUUGAGUAAUCGCUGUGCUUUCACGCUUACCAAUCCGAUUAAACCGAGGGUUUUUCUUAUUGUUUCUAUUUUUUUCUGUGACUUUGCCCAUCUGGGUCUACUUGGAUUGGUUCGAAAAUGGCUUUGGUUUCGGUUUUAUUGGAGAUUUUGCAGCGACCCACAAUAGUUGAUGUGUUAAGCGAGUUGUUAAUGUUCAUAGCGCCUCUUUGGAUAGCGGUUCUUGUCGGAGUUUUCGUUGGGUGGGCAUGGAAGCCCAGAUGGGCCAAUGUUUUGUCCAAAGACACUUUUCCAACUUCACCAACAACCACAACGUUGUCCACGUGUUUCGCAUUCGUUCCGAUUCCAAGCUUGAAUUCUUUGAAGUUUCAGUUCCCCAAUUGCAUUCUCUGGACUAAUAAUGAUGAUGAUAAGGAGGCUCUGCCUUUGUCACCUGCUGCUUCCAAAUCUGAUUCCAGUUCAUCACAGCAUGAUAAUGAAAAAGUGGCUUGGGUGACGAGAGAGGAUGCAGAUCAUUUAUGCCGGCUUGUUGAGGAAAAAGAUGGAGGGCCUGCUUGGAUUCAGAUGAUGGAUCGUUCUACCUCUACGAUGAGCUAUCAAGCUUGGCGCAGAGAUCCUGAGAGUGGACCUCCACAAUAUCGUAGUAGGACCGUGUAUGAGGAUGCCACUCCUGAGUUGGUGAGGGAUUUCUUUUGGGAUGAUGAAUUUCGAUCAAAUUGGGAUGACAUGCUUAUACAUUCUGAACCCUUGGAAGAGUGUCCCACCACAGGAACCAUGGUGGUGCAGUGGGUGCGCAAGUUCCCCUUCUUUUGUAGCGAUAGAGAGUACAUAAUAGGCCGUCGAAUCUGGGAAUCAGGAAGAUCUUACUACUGUGUCACAAAGGGAGUACCUUGCUCUUUGGUGCCAAGGCGCAACAAACCCAGACGUGUUGAUUUGUAUUAUUCAAGUUGGUUUAUUCGUGCAGUUGAAUCAAAGAGAGGGGACGGCCAGUUGACUGCCUGUGAGGUGUUGCUGUUCCAUCACGAAGAUAUGGGUAUCCCUUGGGAGAUUGCAAAACUUGGGGUUCGGCAAGGCAUGUGGGGCGCUGUAAAGAAGAUUGAGCCUGGUUUACGUGCUUAUCAAAAACACAGAGUAUCUGGAGCCCCACUUUCACAUUCUGGGUUAAUGGCCCAAAUCAACACUAAAGUCAGUGCAGACUACCUGAGAUAUUUGGAAAGCAACACCAGUAAUUCAUUGGAGGGUGAAAACCCAGAUUCACCUGAGAAACCGUCAGAGAAGAACAACAUACCCAAAAUUCUAGUGGUUGGUGGAGCUGUUCUCCUUGCCUGUACCCUUGACCGGGGCCUCUUGACUAAGGCAGUUAUAUUUGGAGUAGCCCGAAGAUUUGCAAGAAUUGGAAGGAGGUUUUGAUUCAGAAUGAUUUUUGCAUCAUUUGAGAGAUGCCUGCCAAUUCAUUGUUGCAGUGAAGUGAGAAACUGGCAAAUCAGGGAUCUCCUCACUUGCCUUCUUUCAAGAGGAUAGAAACAAGUAUUCUUUUUCCUAUUGUUUGAGCCACAGAGCAGCUUUAGAUUGGAAAAGAGAAGAGAUCAAAUAGUUGUAUUUAUUACAGUUGGAAAUGUCAUAUAAGAAUCCCAUGCUGCAGUAAUAACAGGAAUGUUACAGCUUUUUUCAUUUGCACCCUUUUUA